AUGGCAGAAUUAGUUGUAUCAGGCCUUCUUCAAGUGAUUAUCGAAAGACUAGCCUCCCCAAUCCUAGAACAGUGUGAACUGUUGUGGGGUGUUCGCGAUGAGAUUGAAAAUCUAAGCAGUAAGUUAUCAACGAUACAAGCCGUGCUUGAAGAUGCAGAGGAGCAGCAGGUAAAGAGCAAGGCGCUGCAGAAUUGGCUGGGAAAGCUGAAAUGUGUGGUUUAUGAUGCAGAUGAUAUAUUGGAUGAUUUCACAAUAGAAAUGGAAGCAGAACCAAAAGUGGAAGCUAAACGCAAAAAAGUGGAGAUUGGGGAUUGCUUUAAGAAGGUAGGCACGUUCUUUUCGGCAUCCAACCCGCUGGUGUCCCGUUCAAAUAUGGCAGAUAAGAUAAAGGAGAUAGGGCGGAGAUUAGAUGCGAUUGCUGAAGAGAGGUCUAAAUUCCAUUUGAAAGAGGUAGAACGGGUGUUGGAGAUUCAAGGCCGAGAACCAACUGACUCGUUUGUAAUUGAGUCAGAUGUUUAUGGAAGGGAGGAAGAUAAAAAAAAAGUAAUGGAAUUACUGAUUGGUGAGGAUAAUGGAGAGGAUGUUACAGUCAUCCCCAUAGUCGGUAUGGGGGGCCUUGGGAAGACCACACUCUCUCAAUUAGCUUUCAAUGACGAGAGGGCAGCGAAGCAUUUCGAGCUAAGAAUGUGGGUUUGUGUGUCGGAUGAUUUCAGUGUGAGCAGGGUAACAAAAGAUAUCAUAGAGUCAGCAACUAAUAGCAAAUGUGAUCUCCAAAACAUGGAUCAACUGCAACGUCGGCUCCGAGAGCUGGUGAGUGAGAAGAAAUUUUUACUUGUGUUGGAUGAUGUGUGGGAUGAAAAACCCAUGAACUGGGAUCGAUUGAAACAAUUUCUCAGAGGAGGUACUAGGGGUACUAAAAUCAUUGUAACUACCCGCAGUGAAAAAGUUGCUUCAAUCAUGGGCACUAUCCCUUCAUACCAUUUGCCAGUAUUAUCAGAUGCUGAUUGUUGGUCUCUGUUCAAGCAACGAGCGUUUGUGCAUGGACAACAAGAACAUCCAAACCUCAUAAUGCAUGGAAAGGAAAUUGUAAAGAAGUGUGGUGGUGUCCCAUUGGCAGCAAAGACGCUCGGAAGCUUGAUGCGGCUUAAAACAGAGGAAAGAGAGUGGUUGCUUGUCAGACAAAGUGAAAUUUGGAAUCUACCUGAAGAUGAGAAUCACAUUUUUCCAGCUCUAAAGUUGAGUUAUUAUCAUCUUCCAUCACAUUUGAAGCAAUGCUUUGCCUACUGCUCAAUAUUUCCAAAAGAUUAUAGAAUUGAAAAGAAGAAACUGAUCCGACUUUGGAUGGCAGAAGGUUUCCUUCAAUCAUCAGAUGAAAUUAAACAAAGGGAAGACAUUGGUGGAGAGUAUUUUAAUAAUCUGUUGUGGCGGUCCUUCUUUCAAGAUGUUGGGAAAGAUGGUGAUGGGAAUAUACAAUGGUGCAAGAUGCAUGACCUCGUGCAUGAUCUUGCAUGCUCUGUUGCAGGGAAUGAAUGCUCAAUUCUGAAGGUCAAUAAUACAGUGAAUAUCUCUAACAUGAGCCGGGCUCGUCGUUUGUCCUUAGAGUGCGAGUUUAGUGAUUGCGUCAUAACAGUUCGAAAUGACUCGAGGACAGCAGACCAUCUGCGAACACUGCUUGUGCUUGGAGGAUGGAAUAUGGUCAGCGAUCCUUGUGAACUAUGGGUACAUUUUAUGCGCUUGCGUGUGUUAGAUUUAAGAGGAGUAAAUGUCAUUAUGGAGUCGCUGGUUUCAAUUGGUGAGUUGAAACACUUGAGAUAUCUCGACCUGUCUUAUACUAAAAUAAAAGCCCUUCCUGAAUCUAUCUGCAGUCUUCACCAUUUGCAAACCUUGAGACUCUUGGGCUGUGAUGAUCUUGCAGAGUUACCCAGGGACAUGAGCAAAAUGACUAGCCUAAGACAUCUUGAAAUCAGUUCAUGCCAUGAAUUGACCCAUAUGCCAGCUAAUAUGGGAGAAUUGAAGUUCCUUCAGACGUUGCCAAUAUUCAUCAUUGGUAAGGAUAGUGGACGUGGUAUAAGAGAGCUGCAGGGCUUAAACCUUGGAGGAAACUUGAUUAUUCGAAACCUUGAGAAUGUGACGUGUCCAGCAGAUGCCCAGGUUGCCAACUUGAAGGAGAAGCCAAACCUUCAUAAGUUAUACUUUUCAUGGGGUCAGAACAUUAAUCUUCAGUUGGAAGGAAUUGUUGAGCAAACACUCGAAGGUCUCCAACCGCAUCCAAAUCUCAAAAGGUUGGUGGUGGAAGGGUAUGUGGGUGUCAGAUUUCCGCAAUGGAUGAGUAAUUCGUCGCUUUUGAAUCUGAUUGAAAUCUCACUGAUUAAUUGCACAAGGAGCGAACAGCUCCCGUCAGUUGGCCAAUUACCAUUCCUUAAGGUUCUUGAAGUAAAAGGAUUGUAUGCUGUGGAACGCAUCGACAAUCAUUUCUAUGGCGAUGUUAUUCCACGGGGAUUCCCAUCACUGGAAAUACUCAGGUUGAUAGAUAUGCCUUAUUUAGAGGAGUGGUCAGGAUUCAACGGAAGAGGAGUAUUCCCCUGCCUCAAAAAAUUACUUGUCGACACAUGCCCAAAGCUCGAGUCUAUAACAGGGAAGCUUGGAAACCUUGCUGCUCUCGAGUCUCUGAAUAUUUUAAAAUGUGAUAAGCUGGUAUCAUUGCCAGAGGAGUUACAAAACUCCACAUCUCUCCAUUGGCUGAUGAUUGAAAAUUGCAAUAGUCUAAGGUCCUUCAGAAUUCAAGGCUUAAGCUCUCUUCAAAAUCUUUCCAUUCAGCAUUGUAAAAGCCUAACGAGUUUGAUAGGGGGGCUGCAACACCUCACUGCCUUAAAAUCUUUGAAGAUUGAUGAAUGUCCAAAGCUGGCUUCUUUACCAGAGGGUAUGCAACACCUCACCGCUCUUCGUGAAUUAAGCAUCAGCGGAAUUGAGAAGUUAACAUCUUUGCCGGAAUGGUUACAGCAUGCCAUAACACUGCAACAGCUCAACAUCCGUAAUUGCAAAAGUCUUACGGCUCUGCCAGAGUGGAUAGGAAACCUGUCAUUGCUUCGAGAAUUGACGAUCUGCAAUUGUGAAAAGCUUGAGUGUUUGCCAUCCGGGCUGCAACUCCUAACAAACCUCCAACGUCUAAAAAUCAUUGGUUUUCCAAGUCUAAUGGCUCUGCCGGAGGGGAUAGGAAACCUGUCCUCGCUUCAACUGUUGGAGAUUGAGAAUUGUGAAAAAUUGGAGUGUUUGCCAUCCGGGCUGCAACUCCUAACAAACCUCCAGAAUCUAUUAAUCAGGAGAUUGCCAAGUCUAACGGCUCUGCCAGAGUGCAUAGGAAACCUGUCAUUGCUUCGACGAUUAAUGAUCGCCUAUUGUGAAAAAUUGGAGUGUUUGCCAUCCGGGCUGCAACUCCUAACAAACCUCCAAACCCUAUCAAUCUGUAGAUUGCCAAGUCUAACGGCUCUGCCAGAGUGGAUAGGAAACCUGUCUUCGCUUCAAGAAUUGAAUAUUACAGAUUGUGAAAAAUUGGAGUGUUUGCCAUACAGGCUGCAACUCCUAACAAACCUCCAGGAUCUAUCAAUCUGGAGUUUGCCAAGUCUAACAGCUCUGCCAGAGUGGAUAGGAAACCUGGCAUUGCUUCGACGAUUAAAGAUCGCCUAUUGUGAAAAACUACAGUGUUUGCCAUCCGGGUUGCAACGCCUAACAAACCUCCAAACUCUAUCAAUAUGGAGAUUGCCAAGUCUAAUGGCUCUGCCAGAGUCGAUAGGAAACCUGUCAUUGCUUCGCCGAUUAACGAUUGCCUGUUGUGAAAAACUGGAGUGUUUGCCAUCCGGGCUGCAACUCCUAACAAACCUCCAAACUCUAUCAAUCAGGAGACUUCCAAGUCUAACGGCUCUGCCAGAGUCGAUAGGAAACCUGUCGUUGCUUCGACAAUUAACGAUCACCUGUUGUGAAAAACUGGAGUGUUUGCCAUCCGGGCUGCAACGCCUAACAAAUCUCCAACAUCUACGUAUAUAUGAAUGCCCCCAAUUAGAGAAGCGAUGCGAGAAGGAGAAAGGCGAGGAUUGGCAAUACAUAGCACACAUCCCAAGAAUCCAAAUAUCGAUGCAAAAGAUCCCUUUGUAAGUAUCCCACCUCUUACUCAACCAUAUCUUCGCUUUAACGCUCUCUUUCCUACCUCUUCCUCCCACGUUGGAAGCUGAUUGCGUCUGACCAUAUCUGUGUGAGGCCCACCGUCAUAUAUCUGUUUAUCCACAUCAUCCAUCCCUUUUAAAUGAUGCUAGCCUAAAG